AUGUGUUGGCCCACAGUGCACUGGGCCAAGGAGUCGCCGAGUCUUUCCCUGGUGCUCUAUCUGCGGGAUCCAGAUAGCCAAAUUGAUUCCCCGUCCACAUUCACAUGGUCGUCGAGUUACUUGUAUUCGUUGGAUAGGACAAUGAGACGAUUUCGGUUGGAUGCACGAGCAACUGCCCUUCCUGGAUCAGAGACUCCAGGAGAGGCAAGUCAUGGUACGAAGUACGACGAUCCUGGAGUACACUCAUGA